UGCUAUGCUGAGAUUUUGCUCAGAACGCGUCAGACGCGCUGGAGAGCUCACAGCUGACGGUUGUUUCCAUGAAGAGCUUGAAGAAAUUUGAUGAAUCUGGAAAUCGAUCUCGGAGGGUUUCCCUUGAAAGCGACUGAAGCCGGAAAAAGCCGUUGGUAGCGUCGGAGCAUCUGUGAGUGGCCCGCACGCGCUCGGCAGUUGGCUCAAUAAAUUCGGUGAGGUUUUUAUUUUUGCCAUGUUAUGGUGCAAUUUUUGGCCUGUGGUGCCCAGAGACCCGAUGAUCGUCCUCAUCUGAACUUGGAUGGCGAGCCCCAGCCCAGAGAAUCAAGAGAACCGGAUACUUGACAACCACUGGAGUGAGGAGAGUUUUCAACACACUAUUUCCUGGUGUCAAAUUUGAUAACGAAACACGGUUUGCCAUUGACCUCAACAAUUUUGGUUUCUUUGCAAAUGGAACUCUAAAUGUGAGCAUGUCCUCCCUGUGGCUCAAUGAUAUUGUGAACUACAGCCUCUACCCAGUUGGCUUCAGCCUGUCCAGGUCUCGAGUUAAUGGGGUGUUGUCGUACACAGCGGAGGAUUCGCAGGAGCUGUGCCCGCUCAAAGUGACGAAGUCCACCAACGACGAACCUCUCAUUCUUUUUCUCAUUGACAGCAAGCAACUGGGAGUCAACGUGAUCGCCAUGGGCGUUCAGGAUAACUUCCUGAUUGCCAAAGCCAAGUCGGAUGAACCUAAAGAAAAAAAGAAGGUUACAAAGAGGGCUGAUGUCGAUUCAAUAUCAGACGAUUCAAAUGGGAAGCCAGCAAAGCCAGAAACAAGCCCAAAACAAGAUGACAAGGAAGAGAUCCCAGGAGGUCAGAAAAACGAACCACCAGCAAAUGAAAAGUCAAAUGCUAAGGAUGCUAAGAAAGUGGAAGAAACUACAUUCCUGCUGAACAGUUCAGUCAAGCCGAUUUUAGCCCUGGACAAUACGAAUGGCUUAUACAAAUUCAGUUUCCUCCUGGUCAUUGGCCCAAAGGAUCAGGGUCUGUACAGCCUGAAGUUCCACUACUGUCAGAACAGGGUGGCCGGAGUCAAGCUGCCUUAUGCCUUGACUGUGAACGUGGUAGAGAGGAACCCAGGGAGCUUCCUCUCUGCAGCCGAAAUCCCCUUGUCUCGUCUUUACAUAUGUAUGGCCGGAGUCUUCUUCGCUGCUGCUAUGUUGUGGGUCUACACGCUCAUGAAGCACAGAUACAGCGUGUUUAAGAUCCACUGGCUGAUGGCUGCACUGGCAUUCACCAAGUCCACAUCUUUAGUUUUCCACAGUAUCAACUACCACUUUAUCAACAUUGAGGGUCACCCUAUCGAAGGCUGGGCAGUCAUGUAUUAUAUCACACACCUGCUGAAGGGGGCGCUCCUGUUCAUCACUCUGGCACUGAUUGGGACGGGCUGGGCUUUUGUUAAAUACAUCCUCUCUGACAAAGAGAAGAAGAUCUUUAUGAUAGUCAUCCCUCUGCAGGUGCUGGCGAAUGUUGCCUAUAUCAUCAUCGAGUCGACAGAAGAAGGCUCCAGUGAAUACUACCUGUGGAAGGAGAUCCUCUUUCUGGUGGACCUCAUCUGCUGCGGAGCCAUCCUGUUCCCCGUCGUCUGGUCUAUCCGUCACUUACAGGAGGCUUCCAGCACAGACGGGAAAGCUGCCAUGAACCUCGAGAAGCUCAAGCUGUUUAGGCAUUACUACGUCAUGAUCGUUUGCUACAUCUACUUCACGAGGAUCAUAGCCAUUUUGCUGAAGAUCACAAUGCCCUUCCAGUGGCAGUGGUGUUAUGAGUUACUGGUGGAGGUGUCCACUCUGAUCUUCUUCGUGCUGACCGGCUACAAGUUCCGACCGGCGUCCAACAACCCGUACCUGCAGCUGCCCCUGGACGAAGAAGACGUGGAGAUGGAUGAAGUAGUGACAGAGUCGGGCGCUUUGGAGGGAAUCUCCAAAGUUAAGAAGACGUCUAACGGACGUGAGCGCCAGAAAGAGCCCGCUCUGUGAGCAGGAGGCUGCGUGGUUGGGAGGGUCCAGCCCCGGGUCGGGGUGGGGGCUCAUAUGGACCAAGAACCCCCUCUCCACUUCUGCUGACGCCUCUCUGUUCAAAACUCUUCAAGUGGUUGCAAAGCUCAUGCCCACUGUCUGGCUAUGCAAAACAUAAAAAACAACAAAAAAAUAUGGCUAACAUGAUGGAGGUUGUCCAUUUUCUUUGGGGGUGCUCCACCCAAAACCUGAGGAGCUCCAGGAGUUUUUUUCUUUUUUUUCUGGAUGGGUGGGGAAAUGGAACACAGCUCUGAAAUUAUUUUUUUUCUUCUCGUCUGUUUCUCUCCAAAGCUUAUUAUUAUUAUUAUUAUUAUUAUUAUUAUUAUUAUUAUAGGCAAGGACCCGGGUAGGUUUAUGCCGGCUAUUUAAAAACGGUACUCCUGUAUCCUGCAGGCCACAUCUUCUUUUUUUUUCUGUGACAUGGGAGCAAACGUAAUGUGACACAAAUUAAGUUUUUCUCCUUUGGAUGCAAUAUCCCAUUCUCAGGUGAAAAGAAAAAAUAAAAAAUGAAAAAUUGAUGUUAUGAACGAAACAGUGUUUCGUUUCCCACUAAUCACACUGCACCGUACAUGUUCUUCUCACUGAAAAAAAAAUUAUUUAAUUUGCUUGGUUUCAGUAUUUUGCUGUUUUUGCAUAUUGAAAUGUUUUCCAGUAUCAUUGUGUUUUUUGAAGGACGAGGCGUUUCCUCCCAGUGUGUCAUUUUGGAGUGCUGCUGUAAUUUAGUGCUUUAGUGGUGAAAGAUCACCUGCUUAUUCCACCAUAUUGACUUGAGGACCUUUAAUUAAAGUGACAGUGCGUCCAGAUCAGGCAUCAUAUAUACAGUAGUUAUUUAUGUUUUUUGGUUCUUUUUGGCACGGCUGAGUCCUCUUGUCCCACCUUUGGUUUUUAACCAUUUUUUGGUCUUGAUGUGAAGCUCUUGAUUAAUUCCAGUUUACUUCAGCAGCUGGACAGGGUAGAAGAUCAUUCAGUAACAGGUGAUUUGUAAAUAUGACUGUUCAUACAAGAAGAGACAGAUUACACUUUAUGAACUGCACAGUGUUUCAGGAUGGAUCAGUUUAAGUGAGAUUUUUGAAUCUUUUUUUUUUUUUUUUUUAUUUCUUGAAAUGGACCCCAAUCACAUGAAAAGUGAGACUGAGAUUUAACCGCAGUCACACCUGGUUCACGCCUGAAUCUGCAGUUUUGCCACACAGGCAGCCCGUCUCCACCUGCCGGGAGUCCACAGGUAAACUGUCCGUACAGAUUUACAGGAGUCGGAUGAAGAGGUUUUUUUUUUUAUUAUUAUUAUUUGUAACAGACGGUUAAUGGAUGUAAGAAUUGCCACAAUAAAGUUGGAGUUUUUUUGAAA